AUGGAUUUUGGCCAGAUUUUACUGCCUCAGCUGCCUGGAGAUUUCGGAGCACCCAUAUCACUUCUCGCGGAGUAUAUCAGUCAACACGUACUCGGAGGGUCUGGCUGACAUUAUCAGGAACCGCACAGGUUUGUGCACCCCCAAGAUCGCCAUAUUUCUAAGCUCUGACGCGGAGGAUUCCACGCAGCUGCAGCCUGAAACUAUGUUGUGUGAUCAAGGACUGCGUGGGGGAGAAGAAUGGUCUCCAAUGGAAGUUGGGUUCUAUUACCGACCUCUGAUGGAAAACCAACAGUCCUGCUCAGAUAUAGGCGAUUUUGAAUUUGUAAUUUCUGUUCAUGACCCCAUUCUGUGGUCAAAAAUGAUAAUAGAUCUGGCAAAAUGUGAAGAUCGUUUGGCAAGCAAAAC